CCAGCAGGGGUCAGCAGCGCAGCGCCUGGUGUCUUUCACCUCUAGAGAAGAAGAGAGGCUAACAGCGCUGUAAGCUAGCUUCUGGUUUUCGGUUGUUUUUUUUUAAGACAGAAGGAAAGUUUCUUCUAACCCUGAAACCUGCAGCCAUGGACGGUGAAGCCCUGCUAUGUACCAUGGUUCCUAGUGAACUGAAGAAGGCUCUGGAUGUGGAGCCUCCUAGCAGCUCAAAAGCAGCAGCGUUCACUGAAGCCUUCCUGAAGAACAGCAUUAAGACACCUGCACGCCUGGACCUCGACACCUUGCUAGCUCACAAGGCUGUGAUCCUGGGCUACACGCGACCUAAGAAGGACACAACUAAAAGGAAGAGCAAGAAAGCCAAAGGACUGGGUGCUCGACAAAAGAGGGUGAUGAAAAUCUUCCAGAUCAAAGCUGAACACCAGAGGUAUGAGCUCUUCCUGCCCCUGCACCAGCUCUGGAGACACUACAUAUUGGACCUGUGUGGAGGACUGAAGCCAUCAGGCAGUCCACAGUUGGUGCAGCAGAAGCUUCUGAAAGCAGACCUCCAUGGAGCCAUCCUGACAGUGGUCCGGUCCAGAUGUCCAUCAUACGUGGGGACAACAGGGAUUCUAGUGCAGGAGUUCAAACACGUCUUCAGACUCAUCACCAAGGAGGACAAACUCAAAGUAAUUCCCAAGAGGAACAGCGUGUUUUCCGUGGAGAUCAACGGAUUCGUUUCACACAUCUAUGGAAGCAAGUUCCAGCAGCGGGCCAGCGAGCGCUCCGCCAAGAAGUUCAAGAUCAGAGGGACCAUGGACCUGUGAGGGCCACGGACCUCAGAUCAGCUGACUCAUCAAAGGGAAGAGCUGAUGACAUCAUCAGCUGCAUUGGGUGGAGCUGUGUGAUGGAGAAGAAGAGUUGGAGGCUCUGUCCUGCAUACAUGUAGCUGAUCUCACACACACACACACACACACACACACACACACACACACACACACACACCUACUGUCACACUUAAUAAUAAACAACAAAACAGUUUGUUUCUAUGUGUCUUUUUAAAAUGUGAAGGUUAUGUUUUCACAAGGCAGAGCUCUGCUCCCAGGUUCCUCUGUGGUUUAACUGGCUCAACCCUUUAGUUAUGCGGCUGUAGAGUCAUGGUUUGUGGGUUUAGCUGAUGAUAACAGGUGUCAGUCAGACCUCAGAGCCAGAACUAUGAUGGCUUCUGGUAGCAGAGCUGCUACAGGUGGAUUUCCUGAUCAGUGGUUGUGUUUUGCAGAGGCUGGUUCUCAUGAAGGUUUCAUGAGGUCCGGUUUAGUUUCCGAGCAACUGCUUGGUAGACACAACAACAUUGCGUCUGAUGCUUUAUUAAUAAUCAACUAGUGUAUAGCAGACCAAAUUAUUUUACAUCCAGAACUCAGUUUCUUCCAGAUACAAGGGUUCUGAUAAACAUCACAUUCAAUCACCACAUAUACAUCCAUCCCAUAUCGUUAUUCAUAACUUGUCAUGUAUUAUAGUCUAGAAAAUAAAGUUUAUUUUUAAUUAUA